UUUAGGCACCGUUUACACGAAGCCGGAUAUUUUUUCAUGCGGGUAAAAAAAUGUGCGUUUACAUGCGGCUUCGUGUAAACGCUCAUCGUUAUCGCAUCGUUUUCGACCGUUUACCCGAAAACGCUCCAUCGUCUCGAAGACGCUCAUAGGAGCUAAAUGAGCAUGCACAUAGUUCCUGAGCCUGCGAUCUCCUUUGUUUAGUGACGUCAGUGUUUACGAAAGUAUCCGGCUUCGAGUGUUAACACUGAAACGUAUAGCAAGCGUUUUCAAAAAAAUCCGCUUUGAAAAGCGUUUUCGAAAAUAGCCGGCUAAAGAACGUCUCCGUGAAAACGGUAGGCCUAAACGGAUAAAAAAAUAUGCGUUUACAAAAAUAUCCGGAGUUAGAUAAAGUGCACUGGGCUGGUCCAAAGACAAAACCGACACGUCGGAUUAAUAUUAAUGAAUAUUCUGAGCUCACGAAAUCGAUAUGCAAGUCUGAUUUCGCAAGGAGUCAAGGACGAAAAAUAUAAUAACGAUAGAAAAUAUUAGGCUAUAUUACUCUUUAAAAGACAUCCAAAUUAAUAGAAAGGACUUUAUUCUUAAAGAUUCACUUUUCGCCUGCUUGGUAUUGAAAACGUUAAACGAAGACAUCACUAUGAAUGGAGCAAGGAUGCUAUUGCUAUUUUGUUUAGUCAUAUCGACAGGUGGCUUACCUGCUUUGACGGAUGCACGUCCAGGCACUAACCGUAACUAUGGUAUUAUGGGACCAACUGGUGAAGAAGACAGCGAAAAAUGGGCAAAGGAAAAAGACAAUGCAUUUAAAAAAGCAGAAAACGAUUGGCUGCAACGAAGAUUUAGUCGUAGCGAAAGCGGUAGUAAAGCAGAAGAAAGCGAAUCAGGAAGUAACAGCUAUAAACCCCAAACACCCUUUCAAAUGUUGAAGAGUCGAUUAAGCAGUUCAGAUAUCAAACAGGGCCACAAGAAGAACAUGGGUCAUGGUGUACAUUCAUAUUCACAGAUUAACACCACUGGAAUCAUCGAUCAAGCAGUUGCUGAAACUAUUAAAGAAAAUACAACUGAACCUCCGCCAAUGCCACCUACGAUGGCCAAGACGACCAGCCCGAUUGUGCCUUACCUGCAAGGUGAAUCAGACAGUCAAAAAAAAAAAAAAAAAAAAAAAAAAAAAAAAAAAAGCCUACGAAGAACCUACGAAGCAGAACAAUUGAAGAAAUUUGGCGCCAACGCAAGGCCAUUCCUCCUCGAUCCAUGACCCUUAGGGGCCCAUUAUAGCAAAUAGCAUUGCAAAAUGGAGAAGUUAAUGCGAUAGGAAUAAACAUACGACAACUAAGGAUCCCAUGCGAUCCAAGGAUUUAACAAAAUAUCCAAAAGUAAAACAUGAAGACCUCAUGAAAAACGUUUUAGUCUGGCAAGUUUGAUGAACAUUAGACUAAAUAGUGUAAUAGGUUUGUAUUAGUAUUAGCCAGUUUCUCAUUAUAGAUUGAACGCAUUAUUGUCUACUUUAUAACGAAUCCAAAAUCCAUUAAUUAAAUCCAAAUA